GGGCGAUGGGGGCCGGGCCCCGGCGGGCGGCUGGGCGGGCAGGGGCAGGAGCGGGGGGCGCCGUGCGGCCGGGCCGGGCAGGGCCGGGGCUGCUCGGGCUGCAGCAGCCGGGCCGCCUCGCCCCGUGCUCGUUGCCGGCUCUCCGAGGGCUGCCCGAGGAGCCAGGCGCAGGGGGAGAGCUGUCCCAGCACCGGGGAGCCUGCUGCUGCUGCUCCUGGGGAAAAUCCUCGCUUAAUACCAUUGCCACAGGCACUAAGAAGCGAACGGACCAUUGUCCCGCUCUCCUGGAUGAUAAUCAGAAGUGAAUGGAUGGCCAAAAGCUUUCUUGAGCAUUGAGUCGUUGAAAUGUUUUGCUGUUUGAGAGUCGUGAGAAGGUUAUGUCUGGAGAAGAUAUUGCUACAAUGCAUUAUUCAGUCAAGAACGUUGUCAGGAGCUGAUGCCAUCAAUGCUCUCAGACCUUUCUAUUUUGCUGUGCAUCCAGAUUUCUUUGGCCAGCAUCCCAAAGAAAGGGAAGUAAAUGAAAACUCUCUGAAGAGGUUAAAUGGCUACUUGGAGAAUCUGCAGAAACCAGGAUUUCGCUCUUUUAAACCAACUCAGCUUACUUUUUAUGUAAGAGAAAGAGAACCAAACUCUUCUAAUGUUCAAGAAUCCUUCAGUACUUCAGGGUUUCGAGCCGUCAGUUUUACACUACAUACUAGAGAUCUCCUGAGCACAGUAUUAGAUAUUCUCAACUCCUGCAGUUUGUCUACGGAGCAUGUUCAGAGUUUGAAUGUGAACUCUCAGCCCCACAAGGAAGCAAAAAGCACACUGAACAGACCAAUCAAAUGGGAUAAAACUUACUAUUCAUUUACUGGAUUCAAGGAUCCUGAGGAAGACCUAGAACAAGCCCAAAGAGUGGAAACUACUUUAACAUCAUGGCUAGAUGAUAAUGAAGCAAGUGCAGUUAAAAAGCUAAAGAAGAGUUUGCCACUUAGAAAAGAACUUGAACGUUUAAAAUUUGAACUUUCUCAUCAACUCCAGCUCUCGGAUAUCAGGUGGCAAAGAAGCUGGGGUAUUGCUCAUCGCUGUAGCCAACUGCAUAGUCUAGGUCGCUUAGUCCAACAGAGACCUGAAGUAGUAAAGAAUGUUAAAGGGCGCACAGUGGUGUUCACAGACCGUUCAGGUAUGAGUGCAGCAGGCCACAUAAUGCUGGGGACCAUGGAUGUUCACCAUCACUGGACCAAAAUUUUUGAAAGACUGCCAAAUUAUUACAAACUUCAGAAAAGGCUGCUGUUUUUGGAAGAUCGGAUAAGCCAACUUCUGGGAGGCAUACAAGUUAUAUACAUAGAAGAGCUGCAACCGCUGUUGACUCUAGAAGAGUACUAUGAGACGCUGGACUCUUUCUGUAAUAAAUUACUUGACAGUAGGCUACGUUUUCAUCCUCACAGUCUGCGAGGCUUGCAAAUGAUUCUAGAAAGUGAUAGAUAUACACCAAGCUUACAUGAAUUUGGACAUUUUACUAUCCCAACAGUCUGUGAUCCAGCAACCCUUCAAUGGUUUAUUGUUGCCAAAGCACAGGAAGCAAGAGAGAACCUGAAAAGAAAGGAAGAGAUGAUGAUUACAGAAAAAGAGCUCAUUGGUACUUCCACUGAGAAGUUUUCUUUGGAUCGGCUGUAUAAGGAGCCCAGCGUUUCCAGUGCACAGAUGAUAGAUUGCUGUAAGCGGCUGCUGGAAGAAUCGUUACCGUACCUACAAGGCAUGCACCUUUGCAUUUCACACUUCUACUCCGUGCUGCAGGAUGGAGACCUGUGUAUACCUUGGAACUGGAAAAGCUGAGGACCUAUCUGAUAAUCAGAUGAAUUGUUUAUUUUCUGUAAGAGGCUAUAAAUAUGAGUGUUUUUAAGAGUAAAUUAUUUAAAUCUGUAUUUUGAUAUCUGUACUCAACCCUCAAAUUUUCUUCUAACUGCUGCUCAGAAAGGAUUGGGGUCCUAGGCAAUUUGCACAAUGCACAGUAUUGCAAGUUCUAGGUGAAGCAUCUGUACGUUCUCUGUACUGCUGUAGGAGUCCCAGUGUAUGAAAGCAGUUGCCAAACUGCAUUUUUGUAGUUAACGGUGAAAAGAUAUUAAAUUGCAAGUCUGCAAAAAUGUGCAUGUGUGUUUUUAGUACACACGAAUAUUGCCAGACAGACUUCCAUGAAUAUAGAGUAUAGUACUCAAACCAGACACUACAUAUCACCUUAAUGGAUUUUUUCAAUGCAGAAAUUGAGUAUAUAAGUUAUCUGGUGGCGAUAUUGGCAUUUCAUAUUGCUACCUCUUAAUGAAUUAAAAAAAAAAAAAAUUACUUCUACUCUGCAGAAGAAAGCAGUACAUUAACUUGGUCUCUAUAGUACAGUUUCAUAUGCUGGUCCCAUAUUGUUGCCUUAGAAUUUCAAAACAUGCCAGUUGUACUGUCUGCACUUACUGUAGAGGAGAUGUCAUUCUAUUUUUGUUUUCCUGUAUUUGUGAAGCAAAUACAAUUCAAAUUUUGUGAAGACUUAUCUUUAUGUACACUACUACCAGAUUGCAAAUCCCAUUCAUGGCACUUAGUGCCUGAGUAGUUUAACGUGACAUCUGAGGGACGGAAGCAUUGAUUUGAGUGGGGUUGUCUGCAAGUGUUAAGUACUUCUCAGUGAGAGCAAGGAGCUUGCAGUAAGGCUCUGUAGAGCAAACGUGUCUAUACUGGUACUUUAUUGCUUAAACAAAAUGAAAGUGUGUGAAUUUGUCAACGCUUUUUCAUUGUAAUACGUGCCAAGAUGUGUUUUGUAUCUGGGUUACUACUUUGCAAAAUAUCCUUUGAGGAAAAUCCAACAGCUUAAUAUUUAUGGACUUCACCUAUAACAACUGGCAAAAAAAAAAAGGAUUUUUCUGAUGUUUACCUGCCUUAUAUUUACAUCUGUAUCGAGGAAGGAAAUUGUUGGGGUUCUCUAGUUUUUCAGUUGAAAGGUUCAAUUUCAAAUUAUGAUGUUUUUUGUCAUCGUUGUUGUUAAGGUUGCAACACUGUGAUCUCAAACGUCUCUUAAUGGAGAGGCAGAACUGGAGAUUCCUCGGCCCUUAGUUCAACCAAGGUUUUAGCAAUUCCUGCAUAGGUUAUAAAGUUAAGUUGAUAGUUUCUUCUGACUAAACAAUUUAUUUCUAUUGCCUGUUACUUCCCCUCCCUCCACCUAGUAUUGACAGUAAUGUUUGUGUCCCAUUUGAACUAAGCAACUGAGCCAGUCCUGUCACCUGUAGCUCUUUGAAAGUAGGGCAGCUCCUGUAAUAAAAGCUGCGUAGCAAUUUUCUUCUUCUUCCUUGGAUUGAAUGCCCCUUUUAGAGGCAUUCAGGCAAGAAGCAGCUCUCCAAUUUCUCUGUAGAAGAGAGAAAAUGUUUGAUGAGGGAAGGUUAGUAGACUCGAUCGAGGGUCUAGAUGUGAUUGUGACAGGAAUAUCGCUAGGGAUUGAGUGAGGCUGACAUUAAUGUCAUAAAAAAAACAGUGAUAAGACUUAUGGACCUUCUCUGAGCCUUAAAGAAGGCAGCUAGAAGUGGCUGGGGAAGGAGAAGUAAGCUGUAAAGAGCCCUUAUGAAAUGAUGUGGGAUCUUUCAGCAAGUGUAAAGGGUCUGUCAGGACCCCGGCCUGAUAGGAGUAGGCAAGGACGGGCAAGAGGGAAUCGGAUGAUGGAGUUUAAAUGUGGAAGUAAUGAAAAUAAUUGCAAUUAGAUGCUUCCAGUCUGGAAUACAUCUCAUGAGUCUCGCCAUUCCGUUUAGCAGGGAAGUAGCUAAAUUCCUCUGACAAAACGUGUCAGCCCCCAAAAGGCUGGCAGCCUGCUCCUUGGAUGCUCACUGCCUGGCUGAGUUCUUGGGUUUGUGCAAUAAGCCAGUCACGGUUCUGCUGCUGUCUUCCCAGAGAAAGGGGCUGCGCGCUACAAUCUCUAAAAACUGCUCAAAAAUUGAGCAGCAGCAAAAAUUAAGAUUCUUUCUAGUUCAGUAAUUCAACAUUGUAAGGUCUGUAUCUUAGCUGAAUUAUAGCACACUUUCUGUGGUUCAAUUUUACUGCAGAACGGUUGAGUUUACAAACGUGCUGUCCUCACAACCUUCUUUUUCUUAAAUAUAUGUAGGAAAGCAGCGGGGGAAAAAACCUGAACUUAAUGUGCAUGUCAUAGGUAUUAUUUUAUUUCGACAGGUUUGAUUUAUUUUGAACACUGUCCUGAAAGUAACAGAACUGUCCGUUUAGGUAGCUGUGUGUAUGGUUUAAAUCUGUCAGAAUUAUAUUUUAUGUUACAGUAUUUUAAUGGGGGGUGGGGAGAGGAAUGGGGCUAGAGUUCUGAAAGCCUUUCAUCACAACGGCAGAGUGGAAAUGGGAAUUUGAAACUGACCUGCUUUUAAAUGGGGCAGAACACCUCGCCUUCUGCUCAACAGACUGUAUGCUGUCGGCUCGUCGUGCUGAUAGUUUUAAAUGAGUAUUAACAUCUACCGUGGUGUUUUUUGGUACAGAAUUCCUGCUUGCUCUGUGACCAACAAGUGAAAACACGCUCAGUAUGAAGUUUCAAGAAGUGUUUGUUUUGAAAACAAAUUCUAAUAUUAAAUUAGGUGGAGUUGGUGUCUUGCUGUUUCGGUCAUUAAUGUUUGGCUUAAUUGGAGUUUUCCUCCUCCUGUUUAGAAAUCUGCAAUAAAUGUUUGAAAGAUAAGUAAAAAUCUUUCCCAGUGAUCAAAGACUUGAAACGUGUGCUGGUCAUCCGUCGUGGGUUAAUAAACCAUGGUGCCCAGAUCGUGUCAUUCAACCUCUCCGGAAGGUUUAUUGUUUUAGUGCAGUUGCCAGAAGGAAAUUCAAAGAUUCAGUGCUAGAAUAAAAGACACGGGGACUUAAGAAAAAUAAAUUAAAAUCACCUUUAAUGCGUUAUUUUGAUGCUGUUUAAUACUUUGAUCUGGAGAUGCAUGCAGUGGCAAACAACAAUUUCCAUUUUCUCAGGUGUAUGCUUAACGUUUUAUGGUAUCAGUUCUGUAUGGAUUCCAGUGCUACAGUUUCCUACGUGUGUUUUAACAGCUUAACAUGCAAUUUUGAUUCUCUGAGCUAAAUAUAAAAAAUUGUAUGAAAUAAGUGAAAUAAUACCCAUCUGGUCACUGUUCUUCUGGCUAUUAAUUGCUGUGAUGCGCUUUCAGGGACCGAUUGGCUUGUAUUCACGUUCUGCAAGACACUCAAAAUGUUGAUUAUGAAUCUUGAAAAAGACUUAAAAAUGGUAAAUAUCGCAGAAGGUUAGAGCUGAUGUAUUUAAGCAUGUUUCAAAAUGCAUCAGAGCUUUUCUUGGAGAAUUUGAAUGGUUCUGAUCGAGAUUGUGUACAUUUAUAGCUAAAAAGCUUUUUUAUUGGGAAAAUGGUGAAAUUUUAAAGCUCAUUCAUUUAAAAUUGACAUUCUGAGAAUACAGCGUGCAUCUGAACAGGGUUAUUUUUGUGAUUCCUUGGGCUUACACACAUACUGUAUGUCUGUAGUACGUGGAUCCAAAGACGAGACUUCCCUAGCAUUUCUUUAUAAGCAUAACAGUGUGGGAAUUUGUAACAGAGGAGGCUUAAAAUAAAUAAAUAAAAAUCAAAUGCAACACAGCUGUGAGAGAACAUGGCUGUAAAUGCAGUAAAAAUACUAAGUUAAAUUCAGAGAUACAGAUUGUGCUCUUCUGUCGCAUAUAAAUACAGGAAGAAUUUGACUGAGAUAUGAGGCUAAAUUGGGAUCUCAAUUCUGUGCAUGGAAAAAAUGUUCAGAUUUUUACUUUGUCCUGUUAAAACUACAGUAUAUAUUGAAGUAACAGGAAAAUAUUCUUCUUUUGCAGUUUGUCCUUUACAGCUACGUAUUCCUUACACGAUUGCUUAAAUACUGAAUAAUUUAGUACUUCAUUUUUGCUAAAUCCUCUGAUGGGGCGCUGUAUGUCUAAGUAGCCAGACUGAUUGAUUGCGAUCUCGGUAAUGUCUUAAAAAAAAAAAAAAAAAAAAAAAGAAAAAAGGCUUUUGACGAUAUUUUAUUUAGUAGAGAUGAAAUUUAGUAUUUUCUUGCUAGCUUUUACAUUCUGAAAGUCUCCUUUCAAUCUUGUUUCCAGCUUUUGGAUAUUGUGUGUCUCCAUCUGUUGAUAAACUUAAAUAUUUUUUGAA